AUGCUAAUCAUAUGGGCUAGCUCACGCCGGACCACAAGCCGCUACGUACACUCAGCCAUCCAACAUAGGUGGGUCCCACAGUCCACCACACUGGUCAUUCUCUACCUCGGCUUGCUUCGCCGCAUAUACGUAGCCGCGGCUACCUUAGCUGCUUUCCAAAGAUCUGUGAAGACUGCUGUUGCUAGCUUGAUCUCUACUGAACGAACCACCGUCAGGGAUCCUUGUUCUAAAUUAUCGAUGACCCAACAGAGGGAGAACAUGGAUACUUUCACUCAUGUCCCCCCCGGUUUUAGGUUCCAUCCUACGGAUGAAGAACUUGUUGAUUACUACCUUAGGAAGAAAAUUGCUUCAAGGAGGAUUGACCUAGAUGUCAUAAAAGAUGUUGACCUCUACAAAAUUGAGCCAUGGGAUCUUCAAGAGAUUUGCAGAAUAGGAACGGAAGAGCAAAAUGAAUGGUACUUCUUUAGCCAUAAAGAUAAGAAGUAUCCAACUGGAACUCGCACAAAUAGAGCAACUGCAGCAGGGUUUUGGAAAGCAACAGGAAGAGACAAGGCAAUCUAUUCAAAGCAUGAUCUGAUAGGCAUGAGGAAAACCUUAGUCUUUUAUAAAGGCCGAGCUCCAAAUGGACAAAAGUCUGAUUGGAUAAUGCAUGAAUAUCGGCUUGAAACUGAUGAAAAUGGCACUCCACAGGCAAUUGUCUCAUUACAUCCCCGUAAAGUAACGAUUGUUUUUGUCCUUCACGUGGAAACUUCAAAUUUUGUAUGUCUGAAGCAGGAAGAAGGAUGGGUUGUGUGUAGAGUAUUCAAGAAGAGAGUAACAACGAUGCGUAAAGUGAGUGAGCACGACUCCCCUUGUUGGUAUGAAGACCAAGUGCCUUUCAUUCCAGACAUGGACUCACCAAAGCAAACCUCUCAAUCUAAUUUGAUCUACCAGCUUCCGUAUCCUUGCAAGAAAGAGCUAGAAUUGCCAUACCAAUUGCCUCACGACCACUUCCUCCAGCUUCCACUUCUAGAGAGCCCAAAACUGCUUCAAUCUGCUUCAGCCAUAACCCCUAAUCCCAUGGCACCAUAUCUUGUAGAUCAUGUAAACCACUCCACUACUCUGCUUCCCUCAUUACUCAUACAAGAGGAACAGGUUAUGGGUCAGCAAAUAAACUAUCAGGCAAAUUAUGGCAACAACAACAACUCCAAUGAACAAGCAGUGGAUCAAGUAACUGAUUGGCGAGUGCUUCACAAGUUUGUUGCUUCACAACUCAGUCAAGAUGCAUGCAAAGACAAUACCUACUCAAACACCUCAGCCAAUAUCUUUCACGGCACGGACAAUGGCAACUGCAACGUCCAGUUCAGACAUUUGGACAAACAAGAGAUAGUGGUGCCUCAAGAAAAUGCGUCAACAUCAAACUCCAGCUGCCCAGUUGCAUUGUGGAAAUAG